GGCUGUCUCCAGUUCACGAUAUCGCGACAGCAACCGCAUCAACGAGGGCGCUGCUCGAGGUCCCGCAACAAUGUCGAGCUUACGCCAGGGCCUGCAGCAGACGCUCUGCUUGCGCCAAUUGGCAAAGGGUCAGUCGAUGAAGCCUCAAUGGCAACGAUCGAGCCUGCAAUCGAGCUUCAAGAGCAUGUCGACUACGAGCGAUCUUCAAGUUGAAAACAGCGAACCCAGAAUCGACACAAAGCUAGACUUGCCUCCCAAGAAGCCUUUUCACGGGGUUACGAAGGCUCGUCCACUACCCGUCUCGCCAUCCUAUUUCUCCAGAGAGCCUCGCUUCAACGACGCCUACAUCCGACUUUCUGCUCUCGUGGAGAGAUACCAGCACCUUCCUUUGGCGCCCCCGGAAUUGGUCCCACGACAAAUAUGGAGGAACUUGAAGGGUUACCGACAGACCACUGGAGAACCAGUCAAGGCGAUGCCCUUUAGCCAAGUUCUUAGCAUGGUUAAGCGGCUGCAUCAGAUCCACCCCGGACUGAUGCCCAGCGAGGUCAAGGAAGCCCUGCAGGAAUUCAAACGCGAUAUUGAUCCGUACAAGAACGUGGCCAAGGUUGUGCCUCUCGACAGAUAUGGACGCGCUUUAGGCGUUGGCCGCAGGAAGACGUCGAGCGCCCGCGCUUGGGUUGUGGAGGGCACUGGAGAGAUGCUGGUCAACGGCAAACCUCUGAACGAGGCAUUUGGCAGAGUUCAUGAUCGUGAGAGCGCCAUCUGGGCGCUCCGGAGCACUGCGAGAACAGACAAGUACAAUGUUUGGGCACUUGUUGAAGGCGGCGGUGUGACCGGACAGGCCGAGGCUCUUACGUUGGCAAUUGCCAAGGCUGUCUUGGUCCACGAACCAGCUCUCAAGCCGAUACUAAGAAAGGCUGGCUGCAUUACCCGCGAUCCUAGACAAGUUGAGAGAAAGAAGCAUGGUCAUGUCAAGGCCAGAAAGAUGCCCGCCUGGGUCAAGAGAUAGAAAUCUCUUUCAACGCGUGGCGUUCAUGAAGGCAUUGCCAGGCAAUGUUCUCAAAUUGUUGUUGUACUACCACCCCGUGUAUUCAUAGAACAGAGGCAGCUCUUACAAUGCCAGCCUAUGGUGUAUACUUGCCUCAUGUCCCAUAUCGGCGGGCGAGAUUCCUCGCAAGGGAAUUUACUUCGUAUUAUGUGAGCCCAAAUUUCGCAAAGGAAUAACGCGGCUAGGGCACAGCUAGGACACAGCUUGGACACGGCCAACUCCGGUCUACCUGCUCGGCAUAGCUCGCAGUCACCUUGUACCAGUACGGGUCCAGAGGUGUUGGAGCUUUGGACAAGUCUGCUAUCGGCACUACCGGCUGCGCUUGAUAGCUGGAAAGCGAAUUGCAGGCAUGAAGAGAUGAGGAAUCAUAUCCGGCAACACACUAGUUGGACGGGUUGACAGAACGCGGUCGGUUUAGCGUUAACGCUCUUGCUCCCACGCCUUGAUACCUGAUCCAUGCAAUUCGCGGAGAAGCAACGUGGUGUCUUCGAUUCUAAUUGUCCUUAUCCCAACUGCAACGGAAAGACACCGGACCUUGGACCAUGAAGCAACGCAAGAGUCAGAGUUGACAACCAGUUUGAUUGUUAGAUGGUGGUUCAAUGCAAGGAUCUGGAACCUGGUGUUGGAAUGCUCAGGAUCGACAUCUGGAAGCGCGAUUUUGGGCCACCCUCUAUGUUCUGCCGUCAUUGACCGCAGUGGUGGCAGUAGCUAUUGUCGCGACAGAGAUG